AUGACUUUGAGAGUUAGAGGUCAUGGAAUGCCUCAGCUCAAGGAAGGAGACAAGAAAAUGAGUGGACCGGGCCACAAGGGGAUGCAUGUGAAAGUACCUGAUGUUCAAUCACAGUCAGACCUCAAGGGCACAAAGAAUGACGUUGGUUCAGAGGUGCAAUCUAGUUCAGAGGAGAAAUCUAGUUCGAAGGAGAAAUCUGGUUCAGAGGAGUAG